AUGAUUAUCACCAUUAUUAUCUUACUAGCAUUAACUUAUCUAUGUUAUGCUUGCUUUUUGGUUAAACCUAAAGGAAAAGUGGAAGGAUUAUCCGAUAGAUAUGUACUAAUUACUGGUUGCGAUAGUGGUUUUGGACGCUUACUAGCUGAAAGUUUAUGUCAGCAAAAAGUAAAUGUUUUUGCUGGUUGUUUAACUCUAGAUGCAGUCCAGGAAUUGAACGAGAAAUAUUCCACAAUUCAUGCUUUCAUCUUGGACAUUACGAGGGCUGAACAGGUUGAGCAGGCCUAUGAACUGGUUCAUAAAACCCUACCUAAAGAUGUGGGACUAUGGGGAAUUGUCAAUAACGCUGGUAUAUUAAUCAAUGGAUUUACUGAUUGGUUAUCCACAGAAGAUUAUCAUCGUAUCGUGGAUAUUAAUCUCUAUGGCACCAUCAGAAUGAGCAACCAGUUUGUUCCUCUCAUUAAAAUAGCUAAAGGAAGAGUUGUUAAUGUUGCUAGUAUCUUGGGCAUAGCAUGUCCUUUUUAUUUUGCACCCUAUUGUGUAUCCAAGGCAGGAGUUAUCGCCUUUUCUAAUGUCUUACGACGUGAAAUGGCGCCUUUUGAUGUUUCAGUAAGUUGUAUGUGUCCUGGAUUAUUUCGUACACCUUUAUCACAGCCAGCAAAAAUAUUAGAAGAGCUGAAGGAGAAACAAUCUAAGCUCAGCCAACAAUUGCAAAAAACGUAUAAUCAGAAAUUUUUUACCAGCUUGGAGGAAAGCUUACUGGCAAUAGCUGGGAAAGCCUCACCUGAGGUGAAUAAAGUUACUGAAGCCAUUGAGGAUGCUCUUUUUUCUAUAGCACCUCGCGAAUUUUAUUACAUUGGAUCUGAUGCAUGGAUAUUCUUAAUCAUUAGUUACCUACCGUAUAGCCUUGCUGAUUGGUUAUUUCGAAAAUUUUCACCUAUGCCAAAUCCAAAUACUUCUGAAUUGUAA